UUUACUAACUUUCAGCACCACGCCCCGGCGGCGGAGUCAGUUUAGAGCUGACGUCGGCGAAAUGAAAUCGGCUUGCCGCAUUUUUCCUCACAGAAUGGAAGUAGUCGUGGAGGUGAUACGGACUAAACUCGCUUGACUCGCCAGGAUAUUGAACCCGUUUUCCCUUUUUUCUGAGUAUAAGACAACCUUUACAACGAAGCCAAUCUCUGUGGCUGCUCAUCUUAUAUUGCACCCGUAUGGACGAUGAGGAGGAUGAUGUGUUUGAGCCAGACCCCCACUGCUGGCGCACCACAUUCAGGGAGAUAAAGUGUGAAGACCGGGGAACACAGACACCUGGCCCAGCCCUGGCAUUGAACAACGGCAUGCUGCCCUGUGGAGUCGCAGAGGAGCCCAGACCACUCUUCUACGGCAACGCAGGUUUUCGAUUGCACUUCCCGGCACACUUUGAGCUUGUUGGGGAUCAGGAAGCGAGGGGACAAGAAAGUGAAGGGGAGCAAAACGGGAUGGAGCAGCUUCCCCACCAGCAACCUGUGGCCCGCAGUGUGGAGGCCUGCAUUGGCCAGAAACUCCAGCUGAUAGGAGACCAGUUUCACCGGGAACACCUACAACUGUAUCAUCGAAACCAAAGGAACCAGGGGCGGAUGUGGUGGCGCCUGGCCGCAGCUCUGCUCAGCCUUCUCUUUGACAGGGGGUUCAUUGAUGGAGGAGGUGGAGCAGGACGGAGGUGAGGGGGUCUCCACAUCUCUCCAAGGAACUGGACUCCUAAUGGCACUGUCAAAUC